AUGUUGCGCAAUGCGGCCCGCAAGGCUGUGACCGAGCUGUCGCAGUACCCCAAGCCUGGCUCCAAGCUGCACGGCUUCACGCUCGUCCGAUCCAAGCAUGUUCCUGAACUAGAGCUCACGGCGCUACAUCUUCAGCACGACAAGACUGGCGCUGACUACCUACACAUUGCGCGAGAGGACAGCAAUAAUGUCUUCUCCAUCGGUUUCAAGACAAAUCCCCCGAAUGAUACGGGAAUCCCUCAUAUCCUCGAGCACACGACGCUCUGUGGUAGUGAAAAGUAUCCGAUACGUGAUCCGUUUUUCAAAAUGCUUCCCCGAACUCUGUCAAACUUCAUGAAUGCCUUUACGGCUUCAGACCACACAUUUUACCCCUUUGCCACGACAAAUGCCCAGGACUUCAAGAACCUCAUGUCCGUGUACCUCGACUCGACGCUACAUCCCCUGCUAAAAGAAUCCGAUUUCACACAAGAGGGAUGGCGCAUCGGCCCGGAAAAUCCACUGGCCACAGAUGAAGAGAGCAAGAAGCUUGUUUUCAAAGGUGUCGUCUACAACGAGAUGAAGGGCCAGAUGUCCGAUGCGGGCUACCUAUACUAUAUUCGAUUUCAAGACUACAUCUUUCCCGACAUCAACAAUUCUGGCGGCGACCCGCAGAAGAUUACCGACCUCACUUAUCAACAGCUAAAAGAUUUCCACGCGGAGCACUACCACCCCAGCAAUGCCAAGUUAUUUACAUACGGUGAUAUGCCGCUAGCCGACCACCUUCGAGACAUUGAUGCGCGUUUGCAAGCAUUUGAGAAGAUUCAGGCCGACAAGAAGAUCCAUGAGCCCAUUGUCCUCUCUGAACCCAAGAAUGUCACGCUGGCGGGCCCAUUCGACCCCCUGGUCGACCCAGAUCGGCAAUACAAGACCUCGGUCUCUUGGAUCAUGGGGGACACAACGGAUGUCUUGGAGUCGUUCUCGCUUGCUCUUCUAUCUAGCCUGUUAAUGGAUGGAUAUGGCUCGCCGCUGUACCGUGGGCUUGUGGAGACUGGAAUGGGUGCUGAUUGGAGCCCGAACUCUGGCUAUGAUAGUUCUGCCAAGCGAGGGAUAUUUUCCAUCGGCCUGACUGGUGUGCAAGAAGCAGAUGUGCCCAAGCUCAAGUCCAAGGUCCAGGAAAUCUUACGCGAUGUCCGCGACAACGGGUUUGAUCAGGGCAAGAUUGACGGGUCACUGCAUCAGCUGGAGCUGUCUCUCAAGCACAAAACUUCCAAUUUUGGCUUCUCCAUGCUCAACCGACUCAAGCCAAAAUGGUUCAAUGGUGUCGAUCCAUUCGACUCGCUUGCUUGGAAUGAUACCAUUACUGGCUUUCAGGCCAAGCUGGCGGAAGGCGGCUAUCUAGAAGGACUCAUUGAAAAGUAUCUGCUCAACGACAAAACUCUUACAUUUACUAUGACGCCGUCGGCUACUUUUGGAGAGGACCUUGUCAACGAAGAGAAGGAGCGUUUGGCCGGCAAGAUUGCCGAUGCGGUCAAAAAGGCUGGUGGUGAAGAACAAGCGCGCACAGCCUUUGAGCAGCAGGAACAGGAUCUUCUCGCCGAACAAAACAAGACCAACACGGAAGACCUCAGCUGUCUGCCUACUGUCUACGUCAAGGAUAUACCCCGGAGCAUCGACCGGAUUACGGUGCGCGACGAAGUCGACGAGGGCAUUUCUAUCCAGUGGCGCGAGGCUCCUACCAACGGCCUAACAUACUUCCGUGCUAUCAACACGAUUGAGGGUCUGUCGAAUGAUCUGCGCCAACUAAUUCCCCUCUUUACAGACAGUAUCAUGCGCUUGGGCACCAAGGAUAUGACCAUGGAGCAGCUGGAGGAUCUGAUCAAGCUCAAGACGGGCGGCGUAUCUGUCGGGUACCACUCGACACCAUCACCGACAAACUUUGAGGAGGCCCAUGAGGGCAUCAUCUUUACUGGCAUGGCGCUGGAUCGCAACGUGCCCGUGAUGUUUGAGUUGCUGCGCAAGCUGGUUCUGGACACCGACUUUGACAGCCAGGAGGCGGCGCUUCGCAUUCGCCAGCUACUGCAAGCUUCGGCCGAUGGUGUCGUCAACGACAUUGCCUCGUCGGGCCACCGCUUUGCCAUGAAUCAUGCGGAAUCUGGUCUAACGCGGGCUGCCUGGCUCCGCCAGCAGGUGACUGGUCUGUCGCAAGUGAAGCUCAUCACCUCGCUUGCCGGCCGUCCGGAGUCUGACCAGCUUGAAGAUGUAAUUGCCAAAUUGAAGCAGAUUCAACAGCUCGCACUUACCAAGGGUAAACUUCGCGCCGCUGUCACCUGUGGCAGCGAGAGCGUCGCCAGCAAUUUCACUUCGUUGCAGACCUUUACUCGCGGCCUACAGCCCCCACUGCCGCAAACUGCCGGUGGUGUACUGACCCUUCCCAAGACGAAGAAGACAUUCUUCCCGCUUCCCUACCAGGUCUACUAUGGCGGUCUCUCUGUAUCAACAGCAUCCUAUACGCACGCCGACGGCGCACCCCUCCAGAUACUAUCGCAGAUGCUUACGCAUAAGCAUCUGCACCAUGAGAUUCGCGAAAAGGGUGGAGCCUAUGGCGGCGGGGCCUACGCCAAGGCGCUCGACGGUCUCUUUGGGUUCUACUCGUACCGCGACCCGAAUCCGCAAAACACGAUGCGUAUCAUGAAAGAUGCCGGGCGAUGGGCCUCGGAGAAGGCCUGGAGCGACAGAGAUCUGGAGGAGGCCAAGAUUUCGGUGUUCCAGUCUGUGGACGCGCCCAAGGCGGUCAACGAGGAAGGCAUGAGUCGGUUCCUGUCGGGCGUGACUGAGGAUAUGCGUCAGGCGAAGCGCACGCAGCUGCUCGACGUGACUCGGGAGCAGGUGCAGGCGGUCGCGGAUCGGUACCUUGUACAGGCGGUAGACAAGGGCGAAGAUCGCAUGUCGUUCUUGGGCGAGAAGAAGGCGUGGGUUGAUGGCAGCUGGGCAGUGGAGGAGAUGAAUGUGCCCGGUGCAGAACGGAAGGAAAAGUACGACUCUUCUCACGAUGUCGACGGUAUUCGACAAGAUGACACAGUGAAGGAGUGA